AUGUUCAAAACUGGAAUACUUCUUCUACUUAUUUUCACUACUGGUAUUUUUAAAUUAAACUAUCGACUCUCAUUAUUAAUCGUAUAUUUUUAUAGGAGUUCAAUCGGAUUGUCAAUGUUUCCAAAAUACUGUAGCAUCUGGUAGAAGUGUUUCAGUAAACAAUGCAUUUGACACAACCAAUUUCCAACCUUGUUAUACGACGCCUUGUGGAUUCAUUGCCUACAGUGGUAAUGAUGCGCUAGGAUGGAAUGUAAUUUUUUGAAAAAAAAACUUUCAAAUAAAUUAUCUUGUAUUUCUAGAACGUUUCCAUAACUUGGAACACUAUAGUUGAUCCCACUGCAAUUCUAACAAUUUAUGACGGAAUUGAUGAAAAAGCUACAGUUCUUGCCAUGUAUGUUUCAACAAGCAUUCUUUAAAAUAAUUUUAUUUUAGUCUUAAACCAGAAAAUAGCCCAUCUUCAAUCUCAUCAUCCUUCCAAAGUUCUACUGCAAGCAUUUUUGUCAAAUACACACAAACAAUUGUUACAUCAGGAAGUAUGUUUUUUUAUUAUCGAGAAACUCAAAUUCAGAUUUUUUAAAUUUUCAUUCAGAUAUUUAUUAUGGUUCUGUUCAAGCAACCAGAAAUUUGUCUGGUACAACAUCGCCUGCUUCGCCAACCGCAACACCAAUGAUUUUUUGA